AUAUAUAUAUAUAUAUAUCUAUUACUUAUCUUUUUUCUAUACCACUACUACUACUUUAUAUAGAGAUACUCUUACUGAUCUGGAAUGGAAUUGACUCUGGAGAAUCUCCAGACGUUACUGGCUGACUUAUCAUCCAUUAUUCAGGUCUUCCUCUUUCUUCUUGGCGUCUUACUUAUCGCUGUUCCUUUGGUUGUGACAUUUCCCAUUUAUCAUGGAAAAACUUUAAUCUCUUCAACGAGACAAUGGUCGAGACAACUUGGACUUCAUCAUCUUUAUAAACGUGUCUGGCAUUAUUUUCAUCUUUGGGUUCUCAUGGCCUUGGAAGAAUUGGGUCUUUUCGGUUUAUUUGAUACGAUAUCUUACUGGUUUUCCUUAUCUGACGACAACUGUGACAACAAUAGUAACCCGUCCAUAACAGCUACUUCCAUCUUUUCCGAUUCAACAACAAUAGAAACUUCUUCUCGUCAACCCUUCCACAAUACACUCAACUACCAACUCGCCAACGUAUGCAUUAGUUCUCCCAAACAACAAGAUUCCUCUUUGAUUGUAUCUGGUUUAGUGAAUACUGGAAAUACUUGCUACCUUAAUUCUGUUCUUCAGGCACUUUCUUCAUUACCUCGUCUCCAACUUUAUCUGGAUCAAAUGAAUAAAAACUAUACGAAUCAAUCCCUUCCCGUCACAAGAUCAUUAUUCAAGACGCUUCGAUUAUUAUCACGGCCUUUGGAUGAACAAUAUACCAAUAAAUUAUCUUUUCGACCUAUCGAUAUUGUAGCAGCCAUCAAUACCGUCAACCAUCGUGUCAUCAAUCGUGAACAACAAGACGCCCAUGAACUAUUUCAACUUUUAUGUGGUGCCAUGGAUAAUGAAAGAACAAAUGCUGUGAAUAAUAGCCAAGUGGGAGGAGGAUUAAAGGAUUUGCUCAUGUUAUCAUCAUCACCUGCUCGAGACGAUAUUUUCAAUACUCGUCGGACAACUGAUCUUAUUACUGAAGAAAAGUGCCAACGACAACAUGACAACCCAUUCACUGGUCUUCUUGCCAAUCGAUUAUCUUGUAUUCAAUGUGGAUAUACUGAAGCCAUUCGUCAUUUUUCUUUCAACAAUAUCCAACUUACUUUGCCACAAACAUCAUUUACAACGUUACAUGAGUGCUUGGAACAAAUGACAGAAAUGGAACAUUUGGAUGAUGCCUCAUGUCGUCGAUGUUCGAUGGUAGAUUUUGUUAGAAGAUUGAGUACAGAAUCAGAAUUACUGAAACAAAAUGCUAAACAAUGCAAGGAUCCAACUAUCAAGCGGGAAACAUUAUCUAAAAUGGUACAGAUUGAAAUUCAACGACGUGAACUGGAUCAUCGCCUCAAGUUGGGCUGUUUUGAAGAUGAUGAAUAUGUGAAGGGUAAACAACAACUUGUACCUUAUCGACUGAUCUAUGGUAAAUCAACCAAACAAGCCAUGUUUGCCAAGCCUCCCAAAGUUUUAUGUCUUCAUAUCUCUCGGUCUGCUUUCCAUCCAUCUGGUGUAAUCUACAAGAAUAAGUGUCAGCUCGAAUUCCCUGAAUAUUUAGACAUGGAUCAAUUUUGUACGAAUGGAACCCUAAACACUGUACCCAAAAUGCCGAUUUCUCGUAUGGACAACAAGAAACAACAAGUCAAAUACAAACUGAUGAGUGUCAUUGUACACUAUGGAAGUCACAACUAUGGUCACUUCAUUGCUUACAAACGUCGUGUGGUAUCGGAAGGAUGUGGAUGUCAUCAGUGUAGAUCUAAUCCUGAAGAUUGUAUUUUAUAUGGAAAAGAAACUUGGUAUCGGAUCUCGGACGAAAAUGUAGACAUAUGUACAAUAGAUGAAGUCUUGUCAGCGAAUCCUUACAUGCUUCUAUACGAAUCAAUUCAACCUCCAAUCAUCGAACCUUCAUCAUCAACAACAAGUCUAUCAUCAUUAACAUUGCAUACAUCGACGAACAGAAUAUCGACACAUCCGUCAACAUUGGUAGCAGGUAUGACAGUAAACGAAAAAACCAAUAUGACAACAAUGACAACCUUACAAAAUCGAUUUGAUGGUCGUAUUUCAACAUUUGGAUCCAUGACACCGCCUAUUUCACCGUCAUCAUCUUUAUCAUCGGCAUCAUCAUCACCUUCCAUAUCUCCCUCAACAUCCUCAAAUACGAAUGAGCUGCUGGCAGCAUCAUCAACAUCAUCAACUGUUUGUGUUCAACAACAACAACAACAAUCAAAACUUGGAUCAAGUCGACUCGUACAUCGAAACGCAGGCAGAAGGAAAAUGAGUUGGGAAGAACAAUCAGUACCUCCAUUAGCUAUAUAUUAG